AUGGGGCUCCUCACCAUCCUCAAGAAGCAAAAGGAGAAGGAGAAGGAGAUGCGGCUGCUGAUGCUCGGGCUGGACAAUGCGGGCAAGACCACGAUCGUCAAAAAGUUCAACGGCGAGGACGUCGACACGAUCGCUCCGACGCUCGGCUUCAACAUCAAGACGCUCGAGUACCGGGGAUUCCGCCUCAACAUCUGGGACGUGGGCGGACAGACGUCGCUGCGCUCGUACUGGCGCAACUACUUUGAGGAGACCGACGGCCUCAUCUGGGUGGUCGACUCGUCGGACCGGGCGCGCCUCGAGGACUGCCGCGCGGAGCUGCGCAUGCUGCUGCAGCAGGAGCGCCUCGCCGGCGCGUCGCUGCUCGUCUUUGCGAACAAGCAGGACAUCGAGGGCGCCCUCUCGCCCGAGGAGAUCCGCGAGGCGCUCGAGCUCGACGGCGUCACCACGCGCCACUGGCGGAUCGGAGCCUGCUCCGCCUACACGGGCAGCGGCCUCGCGCACGGCGUCGACUGGAUCGUGCGCGACGUGGCGUCGAGAAUAUUCAUGCACGACUAG